UGUGUGUGUGUGUGUGUGUGUGUGUUUUGAGUCAAUCAGUUUCCGAAAAAGGGCGUCCUCCUCCUCCUCCUCCUCCUCCUCUCUGUGUGAGUGCGUCUCCCCGGAGGAAGGGGCGGUCCCAGCGCCGCAGCAGAUCCGGAAUUAGAAGGUGUUCGCACGGCUCGGCUCUGCUCGAACGGUCGGUGGGACGCUCCGGUUCCACGGGAGAGGGGGGACCAGAAAACGGACAACCAGCUCAAACACACGUUUCGUUUAAAAGAAGGAAAGGAAAAGAAAGACGGGAGGAAGGAAGGAAGGAAGGGAGGGAGGGAGAAGCCGGGUGGACUGAAAGUGUUGGCCGAGGGAGGGACGUCGAACCUGGGGCAGAAGAGAGGAGUAAAUACAGAAAGAAAUAAAAGUAGAAGGGGGGAAAUAAAAGGAGAAGAUGCCCCUGGCUCAGUUGGCGGAUCCCUGGCAGAAGAUGCCUCUGGGGGGCACGGCUGCAGAGGAUGUACACCACGAUCCUGAGGACUCGGUGGGCGAUGACGACCAGAUGCCCGCCAUCACCGAUGAUGUGCCAAUCAAGGAGAUCAAUAUCACUCAUCACGUGAAGGAGGGAUCAGAGAAAGCAGAUCCGCGACAGUUCGAGCUCCGCAAAGUCCUGGGACAAGGUUCUUUUGGCAAGGUGUUUCUGGUGAGGAAGAUCACCGGGCCAGACGCCGGUCAGCUGUAUGCCAUGAAAGUCCUGAAGAAAGCGACGCUAAAAGUGCGAGACCGGGUCAGGACGAAGAUGGAGAGAGACAUCCUGGUGGAGGUCAACCAUCCCUUCAUCGUCAAACUGCACUACGCGUUUCAGACGGAGGGGAAGCUCUACCUGAUCCUGGACUUCCUCCGAGGAGGAGACCUCUUCACCCGUCUCUCUAAGGAGGUGAUGUUCACGGAGGAGGAUGUGAAGUUUUAUCUGGCGGAGCUCGCCCUGGCCCUCGACCACCUCCACGGCCUGGGCAUCAUUUACAGAGACCUCAAGCCAGAGAACAUCCUGCUCGAUGAGGAGGGACACAUCAAGCUGACCGACUUUGGCCUCAGUAAGGAGUCGAUAGACCACGAGAACAAGGCCUACUCCUUCUGUGGGACGGUGGAGUACAUGGCUCCCGAGGUGGUGAACAGGCGGGGGCACACGCACAGCGCCGACUGGUGGUCCUACGGCGUGCUCAUGUUUGAGAUGCUGACGGGAACGCUACCGUUUCAAGGCAAAGACCGGAAAGAGACGAUGACCAUGAUCCUCAAGGCCAAGUUGGGAAUGCCCCAGUUUUUGAGUUCAGAAGCUCAAAGUCUCCUCAGGAACCUUUUCAAACGCAACCCUGGCAACAGAUUAGGAGCCGGACCAGACGGUGUGGAGGAGAUCAAGAGGCAUCAGUUCUUCAGCACCAUCGACUGGAACAAACUCUUCCGCAGAGAGAUCCCCCCUCCCUUCAAACCGGCUUCAGGACGACCUGACGACACUUUCUAUUUUGAUCCAGAGUUCACAGCUAAGACACCCAGAGACUCUCCGGGGGUUCCUCCCAGUGCAAACGCCCACCAGCUGUUCAGGGGAUUCAGUUUUGUGGCCAUAACAGAAGAGGACACACAACCACUACCCAGCACUAUUGUACAGCAGCUGCACAGAAGCACAUCCCAGUUCUCCGACGCCUACGAGAUCAAAGAGGACAUCGGAGUCGGGUCGUACUCCAUCUGUAAGCGCUGCGUGCACAAAGGAACCGGCAUGGAGUACGCCGUCAAGAUCAUCAACAAGGCCAAGAGGGACCCGACGGAGGAGGUGGAGAUCCUGCUGAGAUACGGACAGCAUCCCAACAUCAUCACCCUCAAAGACGUGUAUGACGACGGCCGGUCGGUGUUUCUGGUGACGGAGCUGAUGAAAGGAGGCGAGCUGCUGGAUAAAAUCCUCCGACAGAAGUUCUUCUCCGAGAGGGAAGCCAGCGCUGUCCUCUACACCAUCACCAAGACGCUGGAGUACCUGCAUGUGCAGGGGGUGGUCCACAGAGACCUGAAGCCCAGUAACAUCCUCUACAUGGACGAGAGCGGGAACGCCGAGUCCAUCAGGAUCUGCGACUUUGGUUUCGCCAAACAGCUGCGAGCAGAGAACGGGCUGCUCAUGACGCCGUGCUACACCGCCAACUUCGUUGCGCCCGAGGUGUUGAAGAAGCAGGGGUACGACGCCGCCUGCGACAUCUGGAGUCUGGGGGUCCUGCUCUACACCAUGCUAACGGGUUUCACUCCCUUCGCUAACGGCCCGGAGGACACGCCCGAGGAGAUUCUGGCUCGCAUCGGCAGCGGCAAGUUCUCGCUCACUGGAGGAUACUGGAACUCUGUCUCUGCUGAGGCUAAGGACCUGGUGUCCAAGAUGCUGCACGUGGACCCUCACCGGCGGCUGACGGCAGGUCAAGUCCUCCGACACCCCUGGGUGACGCACCGAGACCAGCUGCCCAAAUACACCCUCAACAGACAGGACGCACCGCACCUCGUCAAGGGUGCGAUGGCCGCCACCUACCUGGCGCUCAGCAGGAACGUCCCCCCGGUCCUGGAGCCGGUGGGCUGCUCCACUCUGGCCCAGCGGAGGGGGCUGAAGAAGAUCACCUCCACCGCUCUGUGACCUUGAACCUCCCUCACCUACUUUAACUCUGACCUCCAUCUGACCUCCGCCGGACCCUCCUCCUCCUCCUCCUCCUCCUCUUCUUCUCUCUGUCCGGUCCGGGGGGGACAGGCUACUGACGGACCCAGGAAUUGCUAACGCCAAAUAGGAAGACCGAGACCCCCGCCCCCGCCGCCACCCCUGCCCUCCGUCCUGCACCUUAACGGACUCUUCUCAGCUUUAGCGCCACUGAUCGACAGCCGGGACCGCCCCGGACUGAAAACCCGUUCCUGUCUUUGCUUUGGACAAUCAGCGCCGCCUCGAAGACCCUGACACCGAGCACGCAUCGGGGGAGGGGGGAAAGUACUGUAUUUAUUUACUUCAGACGGGGGUACAUCUGAACAUAGGAACACAGUAAUCUAAUGUAUGCAUUUAAAGAGAUAGGAUCCUUGUUGUUAUACUGUCGUCAUGGUUCUGCGUCCUGUAUUUAAACCUCAAGUAGCCUCGGAGAUCACGGCGCGUUGGGAGCAGCCUCGGCUUUAAAAUGUCGCUUUGCAGAACGAGACAAAUCAAGAUGCAGGGAAAGGGAAGUCUGAUAACAAGCUUUUACUCAAACGGAAGCUCUUACUCCAUGUUUUUUGGGAUACAGAAAAGUCUCUCAGGAUCAUGCUUUUGUUUUGAAAGGGUUUAUUUUGUACAUCUCACACAGGGACUUGCUUCCUGUAACCCAGUAUUUUACCCUUCAGGUGAAAAGACAAGAACAAACGUCUGAUUGGUUCGUCUCAACAUUUUGCUCAUUAAUCUAGACGUCUAGAAGUCAAUUUUGGGAAAGCAAAAUCAAGCUUUCGUUCCGACAGGUUUUGGAUGAGACUGACGAUAUCUUUCAGAUAUGACCAGAAGACAAACAUAGACCUUGAGCUGUGUAGAUUCCUCGCCGUGAUUUAGAAAUAUUUUCAGCUGGAGUGUCAGAGAACGCCCGGGGGAACUAAAUAGGAAAGUAACUCUCAUCCGAAAAUGACAAUCUGAGAAUGAAUAUUAACAAAAACCAAGCGGAUUCUGCCUUUAAAACUGCACAAGGCAAUUUUGCAUUUUGUGGCGCCCUCCGGUGGCAACACGAGGGGUUGGAUUUGAUCUCCUAUCAUUAUUUGUACUCUUCAAUCUGGCACUUGGAGUACUUAGUUUUCUCACGGUGUGGACACCUGCGAGCUGAAACUAAUCCAUGCAAAACCCAGAGGUGGAAGAAGUACUCGCAUCUUUUACUAUGGAGUAAAAGUAGCAAUACAGCAAUGUAGAAAUACUCAUCUAGCACAAUACAUUCAUGUGUAAUUAUCAUGCUGCGCGGUAUUUUAGUUCAUAAUAUAUCAUUAAUUUAUUUGAUAACUUACAUUUGUAUUAAUUAUCUGAAGCAAUUACAGCGUUUAAAUACAGUACAUGUGGUGUAUAAGUGUACAAGUAGUAGAAAAUGGUUUGUAUGUCAAAUUGUACUUGGAUAUUUUCCACCUCUGGCAACAGCAGUGACAAUCUAAAGCACCGUUCAGGCCCAUAAAACCAGAUUUCUCAGUGUUUUGAUGUUCCUUGUGCAGCUUUAAGACACGCCGGGGAAUUUAAACCACAUUUAAAACACGCUGAGGCUGCAAGAGCGGUUUAACUCGAGGACACGUCUGACAUCUGCAGGACAAACAAAAAAAUUAAAUACAAGAACUUUACAGAUUACUGUCCUGUCGAGGGAGUCCUCACCCUCGUCUUACCUGAACAACAAGCUGGGAAUUAAAUAGAAAACAGAGCUUCCUGAACCGGGACGUGAGCUUCUUCUGUACAAGCCGUCUGAUCGUCUGUGUGCGUGUGUGUGUGCGUGUGCGUGUGCGUGUGCGUGCGUGUGUGUGUGUGUGCAGCGGACGGCAAGCCGAACUGUAAAUGUAUAUACAUGUACGAGCAACUCAGGUUUCUAAGAAUCAAGACAAUGCAGUUUUUUUUAAAUAUAUUUCGUCCUGGAGGAGAGAUAUGUAGAGAAACAUAAGAUAAGCACACAGAUGUACAGAGGAGGCAGAAGAGUUACAGCCCAAAACCCGACGCACCCAUUACGUCCCAUUUGUUUCCGUUUCCACGUCUCGUUUCUGGGUCAAACUCUUCUUGAGGCAUCAUGUAACGGUGUGUAACGUGUUUGUGAUUUGGAGGAUUUUUCUGUCGACACAACCCUUUAAAAAAAACGAAGCAGAAAGAAAAACGGACGAGAUGAACGGGUUGGUUCAGCCUCACUUUGGCCCUAAUGAAACCAACCAGGGAGCUGUCCUGAUUUUUAAUCUAAAACACUGGAUACUACAUUCCCCAUAAUGCAACAGUGUCUUUCUUUAGACUCUGUGACUGCUUCGUGUCGUCCAAAUUCUCCACUCGUCCAGUCUUUCUGUCAAAAAAGGUUUAGAAAAAGCAGAUUUUUGGUUUUAUUUCCAUGUUGUUUUUUUAGUUUUGUUUUUUUUACUUCUAUCUGCAACACAACACAGUAAAAGUAAGAUGCUAUUUCCUGUGUUGUGUUCCACAUAAAACGUGAAAUUUGUCCACAUGCGAGCAUAAAGUUCAGUUUUAUUAUUGUACCAAAAAAAGAAAAAGAAAGCAGGUAUUUUAAGGAAACCUUUUGGAAAUGAUGGUGAAUGUCUUUGGAUUGUCCAGAGUCAUUUUUUUAAAGGCGUCAUUUUUCAAACUUAUGAACAUAACAAACUAAAUUCAGUUCAACUCCUUUGCGUGAAAUCUAAAAACCAGGACAAAUAAAAACCUAAAAGUUUCUUCUAGGAGCUUUUCACCAAAUCGCAUGAUCUUCCUCAGCGGAUUGAGUUUGGAUUUUAUCUUCUGAGCACGUUAGUGGCUCUAAAGUAGACUUCAUUUUUCAUUAAUCCUUCAAUUUACAAUCUCAAAAAUCUCAGAGAUCCCAGAGAUCCAAAAACGCUUUUUCCCGGGAAAUGUUGCCACGGAGACCCAAUUCGUAAAGCAGCAUUGUAAUCCACUACUAGUUAAAUAUCCUUCAAAGCUAGGAACAAUGUACCAAUUACCAAUUCAUUUGUCUAAACUCUCUUUUACAUUUCUGUUUGUGAAACAUUUGACAGCAGGACACAGUUUCUAGUUUCACUACAACGGAAACCAAACUACCAAACUUCUUUCAGGGGAACUUUGCAGAAAUUAUUCACAAAUGACUGACCUUCAUUUUGUGGCGCACUGGCCCUUUAAUUACAACACAAAACGUAACGAGUAGUUGUAAAAUAAUCUCUUCAGAACCUUAACUGUCUUCUGUGUAGAUCUGGACAAGUUGCACGCAGAUGUUAGAUCAUGAAGUGUGUGUGUGUGUGUGUGUGUGUGUGUGUGUGUGUGUGUUUGUGUGUGUGCGUGCCUCUGAAGACUAAACUCUCUCCUGCAUCCUGUAUAAAUCCUGUAACGUCUCUGCGAAUGGUUGAAAACGGCUUCCUCCCUCUCGGCAUCUGAACGUCCGUCAUCGUGAAGGGACACGACUUUAACUGCUGAGACAAAAACAAGUUCUAGAUCUUCUUUGUUUUAUAUGUAAUAUGAAAUAUAUAAAUGUUGUUUGCCUCGUCUAUGGAUGUACAGCUCUGGGAUAAAGGAAUGUAAAAGGAAUCUUUCUGUGAUGAUGAACUGGGGAAUAGCUUUCUUCUUCUUCUUCUCUCUCUCUCUCUACCUUCCCCCUCUUCUUCUUCUCUCUGAUUGGUCAGCGGUCGCCCUGCUGCUACGCCAGCUCUCUGUUUUUGUACCUGCAGCGAGAGUUGGACUUUCUAUUAAAAAUAAUAAAAAAGGAUAAUCAGCUGAU